AUGGGCGACAGUCCGAUCACCAACCUACGGAGCCGAGCAUCACCCUGUGGGGAUGAGCGCCACACCACCGCAGCGCGAAGCUUAUGGGGCCGAACAAACCCGGCCCAGCAAUCGCCCUAUGGGCCGGACCCCCCAACCGGCGGCCCCAUCCCCGCCCCCCAGAAGCCCCGGCGGCCCCAGCCCGGUGACCCCCGCCGCCCGGUUCGCUCCUUCUCGUCCCCGCGUGUCCGUGACUGUGACUCGCUGCUUUUGGGGCCGGACGAGUCGCUUCUCUACGUGGGCGCCCGUGACGCGGUGCUGGCGCUCAACGUCUCCGACCCCAACGAGCCGCGACUCGUCGCCACGGUGCCGUGGGGACCCACGGAGGAGAAGAAGAGGGAGUGCAGCCUGAAGAGGAAGAGCCCCGAGACCGAGUGUUUCAACUUCAUCCGCGUCCUCGUGGCUCUGAACCGCAGCCACCUCUACGCGUGCGGGACCAACGCCUUCAGCCCCGCCUGCACCCACAUCCUCCUGGAGAACUUCACGCUGCCGCGGGCCGCCGUGGGGCAGCGCGAUGGGAAGGGCCAGAGCCCCUUCGACCCCCGGCACUCACACACCGCGCUGCUGGACGGCGGGGAGCUCUACGCGGCCACGGCCAACAACUUCCACGGCACCGAACCCGUCAUCUCCAGAUCGUUGGGAGCACGAACAGCCCUCAAAACUGACGCGUUCCUGCGCUGGUUGUGCUCCGCGGGCUCCUCCUCGGACCAGCUGCUGUCGUUCAUGAAGGACCAUUUCCUGAUGGAGUCUCGCGUGGUUCCGACCCACGGGCGCCCCCUGUUGCUCAGCGCCGCGUCCUACACGCACAUCGCCGUGCACCAAACGCGCGGCGCCGCCGGGACCGAGCACCGGGUGCUGCUCAUGGCCACGGACACGGGGUUCCUGCACAAGGCGGUGGAGGUGGGGGAGGGGCGCGCCCACAUCGUGGAGAGCGUCCAAAUGUUUGAGGAACCGCAGAGAGUCAGCAGCGUCCUAUUGUCUGCCAGCAAGGACGUGCUGUACGUGGGUCACGCUGGCGGCGUGUUGGUGCUGCCAUUGUCCAACUGCAGCCAGCACCGCAGCUGCACCGAGUGCGUCCUGGCCCGGGACCCACAUUGUGGCUGGAGCAGCAGCCGCAGCAACUGCGAGAGGGUGGGGGCGGCCCCGGGGGAUGGCCCGUGGCUGCAGGACGUGGAGCGCGGCGACGCCGGGAGCUGCUACCGGGGGAGGAGCCGGGGGGCGGAAACGGGGCCGGAGGAACUGACCCUCACCCCGCCCGUUCACUCCCUGCUCCGCCUGCCGUGCCCGCCGCGCUCCGCCUGGGCCUCGUACAGCUGGGAGCAGCCGGUUGGGGCUCGGGGGGUCACGGAGCAGCUCCCGGACCUGACGCUGCUGGUGGCGGCGCAGCCCCGAACCGCCGGCACUUACACGUGCUGGGCCACCGAGAACGGCGCCCGCUGGGCCGUGGUUCGGUACCGGCUGCAGGAGCCGCACGAGGCGCCCGAGCGGGGCGGGUGCGGGAUGUUGGACGGGGCCGCAACGAGCGGCUCGUACCGGGCGCGGUUCGUGGCCGUGACGGCGCUGCUGGCGCUGACGCUGGUGGCCGCGGCCGGGCUGGGUUUAGUGGCCUAUAGAGCCCGCAGCAAAGUGAGGGGCUGCCCCGGGGGGGGCGGGGAGAAAAAGCCCCUCAAUGGGGGCGGGGAGCGGGGCUGCUGCCUGCAGAUGGACGGUAACGGGAGGGAGCGGGGGGACGGCGGGGAGCGGUGA